GUGAAAGGGCGGCCUAGACGCUGAGGACAGAAGCCCAGCCUAGCAUGAUGGCGGCGGCGGCGGCCUCUCUGUGGCGUGGGAGCGCUUGGCAGCAGUGGCGGUACAGGAUUCUGGAGCGGUUCUCCGUGUCGCAAACGAAUAUUGUACAGGUCGCAGGAUAUAGAUGGUGCCUUAUCACUUCUCGUGGCUUUCACUCAACAGUUUAUAAUCCAAAUGAAAAGACCUUUGACAAAAUUCUUAUUGCAAACAGAGGAGAAAUUGUCUGUAGGGUAAUUAAAACAUGCAAGAAGAUGGGAAUUAAAACAGUUGCCAUACACAGUGAUGUGGAUUCAAAUGCUGUCCAUGUGAAAAUGGCCGAUGAAGCAGUCUGUGUUGGCCCAGCUCCCACUAGUAAAAGCUACCUCAACAUGGAUGCUAUCAUGGAAGCCAUUAAAAAAACGCAGGCCCAAGCUGUUCAUCCAGGAUAUGGAUUCCUUUCAGAAAAUAAAGAAUUUUCCAAGCGUUUGGCAUCAGAAGGUGUUGUUUUCAUCGGACCAGAUAUGCAUGCCAUUCAAGCAAUGGGAGACAAGAUAGAAAGCAAACUGUUAGCCAAGAAUGCAAAGGUCAACACUAUACCAGGUUACGAUGGGGUGAUAAAGGAUGCAGAUGAAGCUGUCCGAAUUGCAAGGGAAAUUGGCUACCCUGUGAUGAUCAAGGCUUCGGCAGGUGGUGGUGGAAAAGGCAUGAGAGUUGCAUGGAGUGAUGAAGAAGCCAGGGAAGGUUUCAGGUUUUCAUCUCAAGAAGCUGCUUCAAGUUUUGGUGAUGAACGGUUAUUAAUAGAAAAAUUUAUUGAUAAUCCUCGCCACAUAGAAAUUCAGAUAUUGGCUGACAAACAUGACAAUGCAUUAUGGCUGAAUGAAAGGGAAUGUUCAAUUCAGAGAAGAAACCAGAAAGUUAUUGAAGAGGCACCAAGCACCUUCUUGGAUCCUGGAACACGUAAAGCUAUGGGAGAACAGGCUGUAGCUCUUGCUAGAGCUGUAAAAUACUCAUCGGUGGGAACAGUGGAAUUCCUUGUGGAUUCAAACAAAAAUUUCUAUUUCUUGGAAAUGAAUACCAGACUGCAGGUUGAACAUCCCAUCACAGAAUGCAUUACCGGUUUGGAUCUAGUCCAAGAAAUGAUCCGUGUUGCUAAGGGAUACCCUCUCAGGCACAAGCAGGCUGAUAUCCCCAUCAACGGCUGGGCAGUUGAAUGUCGAGUGUAUGCGGAGGACCCUUACAAAUCUUUUGGUCUGCCCUCUAUUGGUAGAUUGUCUCAGUACGAAGAGCCCCUGCAGGUCCCAAAUGUUCGUGUUGACAGUGGCAUACAGCAAGGAAGUGAAAUCAGUAUUUAUUAUGAUCCCAUGAUUUCAAAACUAAUCACCUAUGGAUCCAACAGAAAUGAAGCUUUGCAAAGAAUGGAAGAAGCCUUGGAUAAUUAUGUUAUAAGAGGUGUUACUCAUAAUAUAGCAUUGCUACGUGAGGUAAUAAAGCAUCCACGCUUUAUCCAGGGAGACAUCAGCACGAAGUUUCUUCCUGAGGUGUAUACCGAAGGCUUCAAAGGGCACAGAUUGAAAGACUCAGAAAAAAUGGAACUACUAGUAAUAGCAGUAUCUCUUUAUAUGGCUGAACGACUUAGAUCACAGAGUUUUCUGGGAGUUCCAAGGAUUUCCCUUGCCAAACCUAAUACAAAAAACUGGGAAUUAUGUGUCCAGCUUGGAGACACAACUCAUUCAGUUGUAGCUUCUUGUCAAGAAUCCAUUUUCUUCGUGGAAGUCAAUGGGAGAAAAUUUUGUGUGACCGGUGAAUGGAAUUUGGCUUCAGCAGUGUUAUCUCUUCAAGUGGAUAAUGUCCAGAGAACUGUCCAGUGGCUUUCUCGAGAUGCUGAUGGAAAUCUUAGUAUUCAGUUUCUUGGAACAGUGUACAAAUUGCGUGUAUUGACCAAACUUGCUGCAGAACUGAGCAAAUACAUGCAAGAAAAAGUUACGAAGGAUACCACAUCUAUCAUAAGAGCCCCAAUGCCUGGAGUAGUAGUGGCAAUAUCCAUAAAACCUGGUGAUACGGUUGCAGUUGGUCAAGAAAUUUGUGCGAUUGAAGCUAUGAAAAUGCAGAACAGUUUGCCUGCUGGUAAAACUGGCAAGGUGAAAGCAGUAUACUGCAAAAUUGGUGAUACUGUUGCGGAAGGAGAUAAACUUGCAGAAUUGGAAUAAAUAAUUUCUUUCUAAAGUUAUAACAGUCGGAGCUGCCUAUUUUAUGGUCAACCAGAAAUUAAAAUGAAUGUUUAUGAAAGCAAAAGAGUUAUGUAAACUCAACUAUUGCUAUACCUUUUUACAAACAACAGAACAAAAAUGCAUUUAGUUGAUUUAGGUCAUCUUUCAUAAUUUAAAUUAACAUUUUCCUGAAACUCCCCUUCACUCCAUUAUAAAUAUUUGUAUAUAUGAAAUUUGUAAUUCUUUUCAUUAAAUCUAUUUACAUGGAUAAAAUUAAUACAAUCAACAUUUUGGCAUAUAAACUAUGUGUAAUGUUUAAAGUUUUUAAGAUUGUGUGUGUGUGUGUGGAUGUGUGUGCAUAUAUAUGAGAUUGAAAAUAUUUUCUCAGAGCAACUUUUAUGUUUGACUAUAGAACAACAGUUGUUGGCAUUAUGAGACUAGCUGAGAGGCCUUCCCUUCAGUCCAAGAAAAGACAAAAUUGAGCUAUUUUGACACCUUUCAAAUGUUAUCAGAUUCAUAUACAGAGAUGAAGAAUGCAGAUGAAAUUUUUGAUCAAGUAGCUUAUCAGAGAGCUAUUAAGGUAGCAGAUGUAAAGUACAAAGAGUCAAGUUGCAGUUAAUCAGAUUUAUUGCUUAUACACACACACACACACACACACACACACAGGAAUCUAAUCAAUUAACAUCAUCACUAAAUUGGCAGUAGAUAAGAAUUAAGGGAAUGCCAGAUACUGAUUAUUCUGUCCGAUGUUGUGAAUUGCCCAAUCUCCACCAGUCCUGUAAACUGUUCAAAGUAAUUUUUUUCUAUGAACAAUCCCUUUUUAUUGAAAUCAAAGUGCUUAAUCUGAAUGGACGGACUGAGCUUAAUCUAUUUUUUGCUGACUGAAAAACCUGUACAGGAAGGAAGACACGUGAAAUGAGCUUUCUUAUUUCUGGAUUGUAAUUUGGGAGAGAGAAAAAAAAAAGAAAAAAAAAAAGGAAAAUAAGUGAUUAAAAAAAUACAAAAAGAAAAAAAACCUUUAACUAGUGUUAAAACCAGAUAUGUUUACUAAACAUGUUAAUCUAUUAUUUUAACCUAGACGUAACCUUUCAUUUUAAAGGUUUUCAACAAUUAAGUUGUUCUCUAGUUUUACCUUUCAACUAUUUUGCUAGUUUUUUUCUCUUGCAAACAUGCGUAAAAAGGGAAAGAGAUCACAAAUGCAAAUAAUUUGGUAUUUUGUAAUUUGAGUCUUGAAUUGUUCUGUAGUGUUAAGCAAAGUUUAUUCUUGCUUGAUACUAAAUAAACUUUUGAAAG